UGGAUAGCCUCACCGGAAGGCGACGUGGGCCGCGAAGGCCCCCGCUGCCGGCCAUCGAGGAAGCCGGGCGGGCGACUAGGCGCGGUGUGUGUGCGGCGACUCCACCAUGUCGAAGGUGUCCUUUAAAAUCACGCUGACGUCGGACCCGCGGCUACCGUACAAAGUUCUCAGUGUUCCUGAAAGUACACCUUUCACAGCAGUGUUAAAGUUUGCAGCGGAAGAAUUUAAAGUUCCUGCAGCAACAAGUGCGAUUAUUACUAAUGAUGGAAUAGGAAUAAAUCCUGCACAGACUGCUGGAAAUGUUUUUCUGAAGCAUGGCUCAGAGCUGCGAAUCAUUCCUAGAGACCGAGUUGGAAGCUGCUAAUGUCUGCUUCUUGGAAUACCCAGCUUUUCAGAAUAAAUACUGGUAUUUGUUGUUGCUGUACUGUUGAAAUCAGGCAUUCACGGUACAAUGAAAGCACCAAGAAUCAAUGAAACAGGAAAAAUGACUCUUGUCCCUUCUUGUUCGUUUUGUUCAUGGGAAGAGAGAAUGCCUUUAAGUGGAGGGUACCAACCAUAGGUCACACAGUGGGUGACUGCUGCCUCACCAGAAGAAGAGGGUACUUCUGUGACCAAUGGACUGUGCUUUAAAAAAACAAACAAAGCCAACAACAAAACCAGAGGAUGAGUCUGAUCAGCCCUUUGAGGAACAUUUGGAAAAUCAAAAUUUACAGUAUCAGAUGUAUUUUCUGACUUGAGAAUUUAAAGGAUAAUGAUCAUAGAAGCAUUUGGCUCAAGAGCAUCUCACCUGCAGGCCCAUGUUUAGAUUUUCAAAUUAUAUUGGUUGUGAUGAGUUGUACAAAACCAAAAUUAAAUCAUGGGAUUUAACCAUUAUGUGUAUAAAGUUGCUAUCUUACACAAAUAGCUUCAACAUAGUGAUCUUGUGAAAUCAAAUGUGUCCUGGUGGGAACUGACUACCGCAGAAGAAGCACCCUUAGCUAAAUUAUGCAUUCCUCGAUAAUGUCUUAAUACAGUGUUCAAACGGAAGUCCUUACACCCUUCUUUUUGAGGAUUCUCUAGCAUCCAGGAAAUAUUGUUUCAGAGAAGAUCUGACUUUUAGAACAGAGCUUAGAGAAGCAGCACCUGUGCUGAUGGGGUGUCCCCACUGAUCAGGGAACUUAAGGAAGCUGUUAGCAUUAGUGAUAAGUGGAUAAGAAGCCAGGGAAGCAAAGAUGGCCAGGCCCUUGCUGGCAGAGCAGAGGAAGUGAUGAGGCUGGCAGUGUCACAGGAGAAGUAUGAAAGGGAGAAGAGUACCGGGCAUAGCAUCAGAAGGCACCUCCAUAUACAUUUCAGAACACCCACAGCCAUCUACAGAAAGAUGUCAGGGCCUGGGACCUGGGGAGGCGGUUCAACCAGGCAAAGCUUUGUAAGCCAAAACCCAUGUGGAAAGAGAGAACAACUCCACAGUCAUCCUCCGACCUUACACAGACGCCCUGAUGUGAGCCAAUGCCCCCUCCCACAAUGAUGCAUUCUUUUAAAGAUCAUCGUUGCUCCUACAGAGGAAAUCCAUGUCUUUAUCAUCUUGCAGGAUGAAUUAAAUGUUGACAGUGACUAAGUGAGAGCUGGCCUGUUCUUGAUUUAGCGGGUGAGCUCUUUGGAGGUGAGGGUCAGUGUGUCACAUGCUCCCUAGAGCUAGAGAUACAGGUUCUCAAUAAAUACUCACUGAAUUCAUGAA